AUGACUUUCACCUCCUCCUCCUCCUCCUCGUCCCGGACACCUGGAGCCUUCCUCCUCCUGCAGCUCCUCCUCGUGCAGCCGUGCCUCCUCCACCCGCAGCCGUGCCACCUCCUGGCUCAGAUCGGACACUCGGUGCGCGUGGGUGCGCUCCUCCCGGCGCAGCGGACGGCUCGCGUGCAGGUCCAGGCUGCGCUGAGUCGCGCGGCGGCGGCGCUGCACGAGGACAACUUCCUGCCCUACAACCUGAGUCUGGAGCUCGUGCCCCGGCAGCCGGCCGCCGCGGACCCAGAGUCUCUGUUCCGGUGCGCGUGUGAGGGCGUGGUGGUGCAGGGAGUCACCGCCGUGCUCGCCUUCCCGCAGAGUCGCGAGGAGCUGCUGCACGUGGACUUCAUGUCCUCGUUCCUGGAGAUCCCGUUCAUCAGCGUCAUGGAGCACGAGGAGCCGCUGGACACACAGAACCGGUUCCACCUGCAGAUGGUGACGGGGGUUCCAGAGUCGGCUCUGUCUGAGCUGCUGCUGACGGUGUUGCGGCGGUCCGGCUGGCGCGAGGCGACGGCGGUUCUGUGUGAAGGCUGGGAGGAAGCGCAGGGUCUGCUGCAGCUGCUGGACGGCCGCAGCGGUGCAUCAUGGGACGGCGGCGGCGGCGUCACCUGGCGUCUGCGCGCUCUGCUCAACCUGACGCAGUCGGCACACGACGACACUCAGAUCCACGACUUCCUGUCCCGACACUUCCGGGCGGCCCAGGCGCCGCCGGCCUCGGUGCUGCUGUUCGGAGCCGACCCGCAGUGCGCGGCGGCGGUGCUGCGGAGCGCCCAGGACCUGGGCCUCACGUUACCCAUGAUGCACUGGGUGCUGGGCCAGCCGCUCAGCCCCGACGCGCUGCACGCCAUCGGCCUGCCGCUCGGCCUGCUGGCCUACGGAGAGGUGGGACGCAAACCGCUCGACUUCUACAUCAGAGACGCCCUGCAGCUGGUCGCCAGGGCCGUCGCCGCGGCAACCGUGGUGAGACCGGACCUGGCUCUGAUCCAGAAUAUGGUGAACUGCUACGAUAAACCCAACAAGCACGAGCUGCCGUCAUCAGGACAGUACCUGUCCAGGUUCCUGUCCAACACGUCCUUCUCUGGUCUGACCGGUCCGGUUCGUGUCCAUCAGAACCGUUCUCGUGUCGUCACCUCUCAGCGUUUCCACAUCUGGAGUCUCCGCCGGGACGCUCUGGGUCAGCCCACCUGGGUGACGGUGGGCAGCUGGGAGGGGGGGCAGCUGCACGUGGAGGACCAGGGUGUGUGGCAGGGCCCCCGUCCCCGCUACAGGACGGAGGGGACGGGCGGGAGGCGCGGGGGGCGCUGGAGGGCGGGCAUGCCGGCGGCGGGGAGCCGGGUGCGCGUGGUGACGCUGGUGGAGCAUCCCUUCGUCUUCACCCGGGACGCCGACGACGAGGGGACGUGUCCCGCCGGGCAGUUCUGUCUGGACGCGGAGACCAACAGCUCAGACACUCUGGAGCGGCUCUUCCGCGAGGUGGCGGCCGGGAACGGCAGCUUCCUGCCCGCCGAGUACAGCAAGUGUUGCUACGGUUACUGCAUCGACCUGCUGGAGAAGCUGGCGGAGGACAUGGGCUUCGAGUUCGACCUGUACAUCGUCGGGGACGGGAAGUACGGCGCCUGGAAGGGGGGCCGCUGGACGGGGCUGGUGGGAGACCUGCUGCAGGGCCUCGCGGACAUGGCCGUCACGUCCUUCAGCAUCAACUCCGCUCGCAGCCGCGUCAUCGACUUCACCUCGCCGUUCUUCUCCACCAGUCUGGGCAUCCUGGUGCGCAGCAAGGACACGGCGGCUCCCAUCGGCGCCUUCAUGUGGCCGCUGCACUGGUCCAUGUGGGUCGGCAUCUUCGUGGCGCUGCACAUCACGGCGCUCUUCCUCACGCUGUACGAGUGGAAGAGUCCGUUCGGGAUGACGCCUCACGGACGGAACCGCGUGCGCGUGUUCUCGUACUCGUCGGCGCUGAACCUCUGCUACGCCAUCCUGUUCGGACGCACCGUUUCCUCCAAGACGCCCAAAUGCUGGACGGGUCGCUUCCUGAUGAACCUGUGGGCCAUCUUCUGCCUGCUGGUGCUGUCCAGCUACACCGCCAACCUCGCCGCCGUCAUGGUGGGAGAGAAGACCUUCGAGGAAGUGACGGGGAUCCACGACGCAAAGCUGCAUCACCCCUCUCAGGGUUUCCGGUUCGGGACGGUUCGUGAGAGCAGCGCCGAGGAUUACAUGAAGAAGAGUUUUCCAGAGAUGCACGAAUACAUGCGACGCUUCAACGAACCGACGACGCCUGAAGGGGUCGCGACCCUCAAGACAGAUCCUCCUCAGCUCGAUGCCUUCAUCAUGGAUAAAGCUCUGCUCGACUACGAAGUUUCCAUCGACGCCGACUGUAAACUGGCGACUGUUGGGAAACCGUUCGCCAUCGAAGGUUACGGCAUCGGCCUCCCCCAGAACUCCCCGCUGAGCUCCAACAUCUCAGAGUUCAUCAGCAGGUAUAAGUCGGAGGGCUACAUGGACCUGCUGCACGAUAAAUGGUACAAAGUGGUUCCAUGUGGGAACCGAGUGUUCGCCGUCACCGAGACUCUUCAGAUGGGUAUCAGUCACUUCUCGGGCCUCUUCGUGCUGCUGUGUGUAGGAGUAGGAGGAGCUCUGCUGACUCUGGCAGGCGAACACGGUUUCUACAGACUCGUCUUACCUCACAUCCGCCGCCGGCAGAACCUCAAGUACUGGCUGCACACCUCACAGAAAAUCCACCGAGCUCUGAACAUGACGUACGAGGACGUGAAGAAGCAGCGCGCCGAGAAAGAGAAAAGCUGUAACCUGCAGAAGGCUCCGCCCCCCUCGGGCCCCCCCGCCCCGCCGCCCCCCGGAGCUUCGGCCAAGUGGAACAACGAGAUCAGCAAGGACGAAGCUGCAGCCGCCGCCGCCGCCGCAGACAACCGGGACUUCAAACGGGUCCACUUCAACCUGGAGACUCUGAACACUCGCCGCCUGCUGGCACGCAUGGCCUCCGACAGCAAGGCGGGGGGGGCCAAAGGGGAUGGGGGGGCCAAGGGGGAGGGGGAGGGGGAGGGGCCGGCCCGACCGAAGGCAGCGCCGGCCAGCAGACAGUGUGAGAACGGAGGACCGGCGGCUUCAUUGGCCAGUCUGGUUCUGUCUCUCCCCUCCUCUUCCUCCUCUUCCUCCUCCACCCGCCUCAACUCCUCCUCCGCCCCCCCUGCGGCCCCCUCAGCCCCCCCCGCCCCCAUUGCCCCCCCGCAGCCCGGCGAGCUGCAGGAGCUUCAGGAGCAGAUCGAGCAGAUGAGAGAGAAGCUGAAGACGGCUCUGGCCAGAAGAGCCGAGAUCCAGACGUCUCUGACCAAACCCGUCGCCACGGUGACGGCGAACAAUCCCACCGCUGUCGUCACGACGACGACGACAUCAGUGACAAUUACAACGACGUCGACGUCGGUAGCCCCGCCAACCGUCACCACGGUAACGGCCCUCCCCGCCAACACAAAGUGCGUGACGACCAUGACGGACCCGCCGCACAAGGUGCUGUCCAAAGUGCGGCCCCUCCCCCGCAGACUGACCAAUGAGAGGAGGUGA